CAGUCUCUAUGUAGGUGAGUAGAAAGUGCGAGAGAGCUCAUUGCACCCAUCAGAGUACAGGGGAGUGCUAGGAUCCUGUUCUUCUGGAUUUAGUGCAGUAUAAUGCGGCGAGUUGUGCAAGUGACAGACUGAGCUGAGGCAGUCUCCAGGCAUGUGGGAGCCGACACUUCUACCCUGGCUGGGGCUCUUGUUGUGGGGGCAUGGCAUUUCGGGGCUCGCUGAAUAUGAGAUUGUAUUCCCCCAGCUCGUGGGGACUCGGGAGAGAAGGGACUUACACUAUGAGGAGCAAUGGAGCGACAACCUGCUCUACUCUAUCCAAACUCUCACACAUAAACUUCUCCUGAAACUGCAGAGGAACAGGGACCUUGUGAGCAGUGGAUUUGAAAGAUUCACCUACAGUAAAGAGGCCGGAUUUCAGGUCUUCAACAGCACUCAGCUGAGUCACAACUGUUAUUACUAUGGGGAAGUGGAAGGAAUGAACGACUCCCUACUGGCAAUCAGCACAUGUGAUGGUCUAAGGGGUGUCAUGUACAUGGCAGAAAUGCAUUAUGGGAUAGAGCCUGUUGAAAAUUCAACCAAUGGAGAGCACCGUCUGUUCCAGAUACAAGAGCCCAGUGGGCCAUCUAUCUGUGGUGUUGGGGACAUUGAUACAGAGAGCUCACACUCACCCCUGCCUGUAAACUUUAGGCUGCGAAGGGCAAAGCGAUCUGUCCUUACAACACCCAGUUAUGUGGAGCUGGGGGUCGUGGUGGAUAAUCUCAGGUACCAAGCGGACAACUCAAAUAUGACAGCAGUGGAAGUGGAAACAGUGCUCCUGAUAAAUAUUGUGGAUUCAAUGUUCCGUUACCUGAACAUCAGAAUCGUCCUGAUCAGUUUAACCGUAUUUGACCAAAACAAUCCAUUUGAUGUGCAAAGUGGGACUGCGGGAGACGUGCUUGGAAGGUUUACUAACUGGAAAAAUCAAAAUACAGGGCUCAAAAGAACUGACAUCUCUCACCUUCUGAUAGGUCGGGGCUCAUAUGGUGCAGUUAUUGGCAUGGCUUUUGUUGGAACUGUGUGUUCACCCUCUGUUGAUACUUCAAUCAGUGCAUUCUCCGCAGGCAAAACCCCCCAGGCACACGCGCCGGUAGUAGCGCACGAGCUGGGGCACAACCUCGGGAUGAGCCAUGAUGACACCACGUGCCCAGGUGGCUAUAUAAUGUACUCAGCCGACAUCGGAGCGAAGAAUUUCAGCAGCUGUAGUGCCACUGACUUUGAAAACCUCAUCCUGAGAGGUGGUGGCGCCUGCCUGAAGAACCUGCCCAAUCCCAGCCAAGUGCUGAGUAUCCCUACGUGCGGGAACAACAUUGUGGAGACUGGAGAGGAGUGUGACUGUGGGUCGCCACAGGAAUGCCAGAAUCCUUGCUGCCAAGCUGCUACCUGCAAGCUCACUAGUGGCUCAAAAUGUGGCCAGGGCUUGUGUUGUGAAAACUGCCAGUUUAAAGUUGCAGGCACACCUUGCCGCUCUAUAGCUGAUACCUGUGACCUGCCGGAGUACUGCAAUGGAACCUAUGCCCUGUGCCCAGUAGAUGAGUAUAUCAUGAAUGGCUUCCCUUGUAACAACUCCAGAAAUUACUGCUACAGUGGAGUGUGCCAAAACUAUGAUGCCCAGUGCCGAAAUCUGUUUGGCAAAGAUACCAGAAAAGCAGUGGAUCAGUGCUUCCAACAAGCAAACCUGCUAGGAGAUCAGUAUGGAAACUGUGGAAUGGCUGGGAACGAUUACAAGAAAUGCGCAACAGUUGACAGUCUGUGUGGCAAAUUGCAGUGCACAGGAAACCCCCAACCCAUUCUGAAUGGAAAGGUCCAAAGUUUGUUUGCAAAUCAGGACCCAAGUUUUCCAUGUUUAAGUGUGGAUUUUAACCAGGGCCCCGAUGUUCCCGACCCCGGGUUAGUGCAUCAGGGGACAAGCUGCGGCGAUGGCCUGGCCUGUGUCAACUACGCUUGUGUGAAUGCCACCAACCUGGGGUACAACUGUGAUGUGAAAACCAAGUGCAACGACCGUGGGGUGUGCAACAACAAUGGGAAUUGUCACUGCAACUACGGCUGGGCCCCCCCAUACUGUGACCGAGUGGGCUAUGGUGGCAGCAUUGAUAGUGGCCCUACUCACAUUGACACUUCUUUGCGGGAUGGAUUGCUCAUUUUCUUCCUGCUGGUUCUACCAAUCCUGAUUCUAAUAAUUGUGGUUUUCAUUAAACGUGAUGCUCUCCAGAGAAGGUUCUGUAAAAGGUGGAACAGGCGAAGAAGGGCAAAUGAAAGACGGCAGCAGCAGCAGCAGCAGAACAAUAACGCCACCCGCAGCGUUCCCCAGAGCACAGCAAGGGAUAAGCCCGCGACCAACUUCUCCGACGUCUUCACUAUAUCACAUAAUCUGCCCCAAAGGCAGCCGCUGCCCAACAUGGGACCAGUGCCACCCCCCCGGCCGAACCUUCCACCAUCCCGCCCUCCUCUUCCUCCCCGACCACCCCCCAUUCGGAAUCCUGAUGCCUGAAGAUACUGGCACACUGAAGCUCAUGCAAUGCUUUUUGAAAAGAAAUGAAUACUUGAACAAUACAAUCCCCCUCAGGCCUCUGGGGUUCACUUGUCUCACCAACUAGAAGCCAAGGGUGCAGAAUCCCAAGUGACCACUGAAGUUCAGCUGGAAGGCACCCAGGCCCUACGGAAGGCUGCCCCACAGUUUGCAGGGAGAGCGGAUGGAAGCACUGUAGUGACAUUUUUUAUGCACUUUAAUGACCUUGAUAUAAGAAUUGUUAUGUAUAAAGGUCGACACAUUUGAAUAAUGAAUAAAUGUUAUAUAGUUACAUAGUUAUGUUGGAUUAAAAAAAGACCAAAGUCCAUCAAGUUCAACCCA